GCGGCGGCUAUAUAUAUUGGCGGCGCCAUCUGGGUCGGACCCCGCACCGAUCAAUCCGGCUCGUGCCACCGCCAUUGGCGCAUCCACCGUGAGCUCCAGGUAGCUAGCGAAAGGAGUGGGAGGGUUUGAGGUUCUGCGAACGAGAGCGAGUGAUGGCGUUGGGGAACCGAGAGGCCGCGGGGGAGAAGCUGGUGCCGGAGGCGUUGGAGAAGGCGGCGCCGGAGGCGGCGGUGGAGGGGGCGGACGAGCGGGAGGAGAAGGGGAGCGACAGGAUGAUCCACCUGAAGAGCAACGAUGGCAGGCCGUAUGAUGUGUCGGAGGCGGCGGCGAGGAUGUCCAAGUUCAUCGCGAAAAUGAUCGACGACAACUGCGCCGACCCGUACAUCCCGCUCUACAACGUCGACUACAAGACCCUCGCCCUGCUGAUGCGGUACUGCGACAAGCACACUGCCGACACCGCCGACGAGGAGGGACUCAAGGCCUGGGACAAGGACUUCAUCAACGGGCUGGACAAGGACUCCAUCUUCAAAGUCAUCAUGGCCUCCAACUACCUCUACAUCGAUGUGCUCCUCGACCUCGCCUGCAAGAAGAUCGCCGACAUGAUAAGGGGCAAGACACCCGAGGAGAUCCGCGAGGCUUUCAACAUUCGCAACGACCUCACCGAGGAGGAGGAGAAGGAGAUCCGCCAGGAGCACGCCUGGGCCUUCGUCUAGUACUCGCUUUCUCUCUUAACCCCGUGGUGUCCCUCGUCGUCGUCGUGUAAUGGUGGUUCUCUCGUAGUUGUGAUUUUGUGAAGUGUCGUGUCUCUGGUAGAUUCAGAUCGAAUCAGGUUACCUUGAGUUCGUGCAUCCUGUCCAAGAACAGAGCCGGGUGUGUCGUUGAAUGCUUUGAACUGUUGGAUCGCUUGCAUGAAGUGGAUAUUUUUGCCUCCAUAUUGUUUGCUCUGUCCGUUUGAUUUUGAUGCAGAUUAGUCCUGUUCUUAGAUGUUUUGCUAUGUGUACUCGUUGGUAUCUGGUGCGUUGGUGGAUUCAAAUUCAAGAGAUUUGUUGCAGAUUUGCUGCGUUUAUCGGUGCUCGAUCGAACGGGAGUGUUUUCCUGUUCAUGAAUUUGUAUUGGGUGCGAGUUUGGGGGUGGCGCUUUGCUUGGAUUCUGAUGUGAACUGGAUUGAGAAGGAGAA